AUGGCCAUUUACGUGGACGAGGUGGAGGAGGAGGAGGUGCGGAAGUGGGAGGAGACCCUGCAGCAAGCCAAGGAUACUGCGGAGGUGGAGAACUUCCUGAACACGGCUGAAGCCGAGAACAGCAGCGUAAAGCAGCUGCGCAUGAGCCGUCCCCGGAAGAUCUUCGUCCAGGAGGAAGAGAUCAUGGCCAUCGUCAGGAGAACUCUCUAUCUUUGGCACCAGGGCGCCUACAUCUACGUCAAGAACAAUCGGCUGCGCAUCAUGCGCUUCGGUUUCAAGGCUUUCAUGGGCGCUGACCGCCUGAAGCCACUGGGUGGCAAACCCGGCAUGGGGCCGCGCUACAGCGAGAGGCGGAAGGCCGAUCGGAAGGGCAUGAAGAAGGGCCAGAGCUUCGCCCCGGAUGUCUCUGGAUCGCCCUGGCUCACUGGCAUCGCUGGUGGGGAGGAUUCUGAGGAUUUUCGGCACACCAUCGCAUGA